AUGGCUUCUGGUGAUUUUACUCUCAUACGUGAUCUUGAUGUCUUAAAGGACAGCUUCACUAUGAAGCUUCGUAUUAUCAGAUUAUGGACACUAGAAGAUUAUUAUAAAAAAGACGAAAUUUUCGCCAUUCAACUUAUUCUAAUGGACGAACAGGGUAAGAAGAUCCAAGGUUAUGUCCCCAAUGCUUACAUUUACAAGUUUCGAAAAGUUCUAAAAGAAGGGGAAGUUUUUUUCAUAAAAAAUCCAAAUUUGGCAAAGAUGGAUGAAGGAAAAUUUCAAUUAACUGAUCAAAUGCAAAAGCUCACCUUCACUCGUGAGACUACUGUUGCUCCGUGUCUCGAUUUUUCUGGAUCAAUUAAUGGGUUUUCUUUUAUUGAGUAUCAUCCCAUUAUCGUCGGCACUGUUCCACUAAAUAUUUCAUUGGAUGUUAUCGGUUUGGUGGUCGCCAUUGGUGAAAUUGAUGCUCGAAAUGAAGAUAGAAAGAGGCAUAAGAUGAGAAUACAAAUCCAAGACGUCAAAGUUUGUUUUUAUUACCUAUAA